AUGAACCUCCCUCUGGCACUCUUGCUGGCUACUGGAGUACUUCAGGUGGCCUGCCAGCAAGCGUCUGGAUUGCAAAAAGCCCUUGAUUAUCCCUCCCGCCCAAUCACCCUCGAUGACAUUGUCCCGUCCUCUUGGCGUAACCCUACCACGGGCGAAACCGACCUAAAGUGCUGUCCAAAGGGGACCGUGUAUGACGGGACCAGGUGUCUGCUGUAUCAGAAGGACAUCUGUCCCGAGCACAUGAUCUUCGAGGAUGGGAUGUGUGUCCAUACCAACGGGCCACAAUGCCCACCUGGCUUCAAAUAUCAAGACCAUCUAUGCGUGUCCACUCAAGACCCGCUCUGCCCGUCCGGAUCCAACUGGAUAAACGGGACCUGCACGCUGUCGAUCCCUCCCGGUUGUGAUGCUGGAUAUGAGUUCAGUGACGGUCACUGUGUGCACCAAGAAGGUCCUCAGUGUCCACAUGGCUUCUUCCCCGAGAACGAUCGGUGUAUCUCCCGGUCCAAUCCGGAUUGUCCCGGUGGCUUACGGUACGACGGCGAAAGCUGCAUCGCCAAGGAGGGGCCGUCAUGUGGGCGACCGGACCUAGUCGUCCUUGAUGGGAAGUGUGUUUCCAAAGAGCAACCGGAGUGCCCUCCUGGGUACAAGAACGAUGGUUCUCAUUGUCGGCUCAUGCGUGACCCCGAGUGUCCCCCUGGAACAGUGUCUCGAAAUGGGAAAUGCGUGUCUCAAACCCCGCCCACUUGUACAUCGGGCCAUUUCGAGGAUGGGCAGUGUCGAACGGACCAGACGCCCCAGUGCCCUCCGGGGUUGAACUUGGAGAACAAACGAUGCGUGCGCCGAGAGGGCCCCGUCUGUCCCCCUGGAUUCGCUUCAUCCUUCCAUCGACCCUCUCAGACCGGGCGAUGCUGCCCAACGGCUUGGACGUGGGAUGGUUCCUCCUGCAUCCUUAUCCAUACCGAUCCCGCAUCGUGCCCGGAAGGAACUGGGUUCGACGGUGAGAAAUGCGUCAGAGCUCCUCUCGAGCAGCCUCUCUGUGAUCCCCUACUGGAGCUCCGCGAUGGUUACUGCGUAUCAGAAGAGACGCCCGCCUGCGACGUAGGAGUAUGGAAUGGACAGUAUUGCCUGCUCGAUGAAACACCAUACUGUGCGCCUCCUACUCGGUUCAAUGGUGUGGAGUGUGUCUCCACACAGCCCCCGACCUGUCCAGAAGGCUCGCAUGUCCAUGCCGACCACUGCCGUGGCGACAGGCCAGCGAGCUGCCCACCUCCCCUCCGUCUAGUCAAAGAUCAAUGCGUGGAUGCCACAACUCCCGAGUGUCCAACAGGCUUCACUCUCAUCGGGACCGUCUGCCGUUCGGACAAGCUCCCUAAGUGCCCCGAUGGUCAGAUGUACUGGAACGGCAACUGCAUCAUCCCGAUCACCCCCGAAUGCCCGGACGGAUUCCCACCGGUGGGUGAUAAGUGCCUUGCAGACCUCCAGCCGGAAUGUCCCCCAGGCUUCCGAGUCGAGGGCAAGAACUGCAUUUCCACCGAGAGCCCCGAAUGCACAGCGCCAGACGGAAACCGAUGCAUCUCGCUGGUACCACCUCAAUGUCCCGACGGUCUCGUCCCGCGAGGCAGCGAAUGUGUCGCCAAUGAUAACCCCGAAUGUCCUCCGGGAUUCCGUUUCCUGGAUAACCACUGUGUCUCUGAGAAUAAGCCCGAAUGCCCGCCCGGCUCUAACCUCGUCGGCGAGGAAUGUGUCGUUGAGAAGGCCCCCGACUGUCCGCCCGGUACGGAGUUCCACUCUGGGAUGUGUUUGAAGGAUAAUAAGUGCGUCAGGAGGUCGGAGCCCGAGUGUCCUCCGGGUCAGAGAUUCAAUGGAUUCUUCUGCGCGUCCACAGGUGAUCCGCAGUGUCCUGAGGGAACGAGCUAUGAUGGGACGAGGUGUUCCGUUAAUGCCAAUCCUUCUUGUUAUGAGCUGCAAUAUUGUCCCCCUAUUGCUCCAUCGCAAAAUGUCUUGGUGGCAUGA